CAGUGGACCAGUGGAGGAUCAGCACCACUCUCUCUGCACAGCUUCACAAACCAGUUACAGGAGUAAAGAUGAAGCUGUUGGUCUGUAUCAGUCUCCUCUGCCUCUGUAUCUGUUAUUUCACAGAGGCCAGAGUCAUCCCUGAAGGAGUGCCGUACGACGAGCCACCAGCUGUUCCUUACUGGCCCUACUCCACCUCCGACUUCUGGAACUACAUCGAGUACUUCAAAUCCAUCGGCGCCUACAACCACAUCAACGAGAUGGCCCGCGCCUUCUUCGCCCACCAGCCGCUCGGAGACACCCUGGGAUACGAGACCAACGCAGGACAUGAGCACUGAGGACGGGGACGGACGGAUGUAGCAGCUCAAAGUAGUUAUGAAGGAAUACAUCUCUUAGCUUCACCGAAAGGAAAUGAGCAAGAGAAGAAAUGAAAUACAGGAAAAUGUAACAUACUUUCUCUUAUUAUAGCAAACAAGUAGAA